AUGAGUUGUUUUCAGCCCAGUCAGUGUCACGUGAAUGUGCGUGUGUUUUCACGUGACAAUCCCACCCACCUGUUGCCUUUCCCUCCCACCCACCUCGUCAUAGCAUCCACGUCCACCCCACCAUCCUUCCUUUCCCACCGCGCCGUCCUCUCUCCCUCCCACCCACCCUCGCCUCCCACCCGCCCUCGCCUCUCCUUCCUACCCGCCGUCGCCGCUCCCUCCUCCCGCCGUCGCCGCUCCCUCCCACCUCGUCGUCGCCUCUCCCUCCGCCGUCGCCUCUCCCUCCGCCGUCGCCUCUCCCUCCGCCGUCGCCUCGCCCUCCCCAUCGUCUCCUCCGAUACUCCCCAUCCCGUCGCCUCCGCUCCCUCCCAUCCCGUCGCCUCCGCUCCCUCCCAUCCCGUCGCCUCCGCUCCCUCCCAUCCCGUCGCCUCCGCUCCCUCCCAUCCCGUCGCCUCCGCUCCCUCCCGUCCCGUCGCCUCCGCUCCCUCCCAUCCCGUCGCCUCCGCUCCCUCCCAUCCCGUCGCCUCCGCUCCCUCCCAUCCCGUCGCCUCCGCUCCCUCCCAUCCCGUCGCCUCCGCUCCCUCCCAUCCCGUCGCCUCCGCUCCCUCCCAUCCCGUCGCCUCCGCUCCCUCCCAUCCCGUCGCCUCCGCUCCCUCCCAUCCCGUCGCCUCCGCUCCCUCCCAUCCCCUCGCCUCCGCUCCCUCCCAUCCCCUCGCCUCCGCUCCCUCCCAUCCCCUCGCCUCCGCUUCCUCCCAUCCCGCCGUCGUCCCCUCCCACCCCGCCGUCGCCUCUCUCACCUACCCCGCCGUCGCCACUCCCUCCCAUCCCGCUACCGCUUCUCCCUCUCAUCCCGCCGCUGUCUCUCCCUCCCAUCCUGCUUCGCCACUCUCUCUCAUCCCGCCGUCGCCACUCCCUCCCAUCCUGCCGACGUUUGAGAGCACGGAUAAGGAUGGUGCGCGAACGAGAGCUGGUGCGCUAGCGCGGGUUGGUCUUCGAGGCACCGUCAUUAGCAGGGAGUGUCAGCUGCAUUAUCUGUUUUUGCUUUCUUGUCCAGGGAAUCAUUCAAGAUUGCGCACAACCUGGCGUGGCGGGAUGGCUUCCGCUGUUCCUUGUGAACCAGCGCAUCCCGAUCCUUCCGCUCCCUCUCACUGCCUCCCUGAUGCCUCAUCGCCGCAUGUUUCCGUCACUCCCGCUGAUCCCGCUGACUCCGCCACCCCCGCGGUGUCGUCAAGGCGUUCCGACCCUUCCGCCCCUUGCGCGCGCCUUUCCCGCAAGGAGCGGCGGCGCGCGGCGAAGAAGGCGCACAGACAGCAACAACGACGGGAGCGCGCGAUCGCUGCAGCGGAAGUCCUUGCGCGGGAGGAGGAGGAGCGGGAGGGACGGGCGGAAACGGACAGCGCAGAGCGAUGGGCGCGGAUAGAGGAGGAGAGGCGGCGGAGGGAGGCGGAAGACGAGGAGAGGAGGGCGCGGGAGGAGGGCGAGCGACGAUGGCUGGCGCGAGAGAGGGAGAUCGAGGAGGAGAAGAAACGGAUGGAGGAGAGACGCAGGUGGAAAGAGGAAGCAGCAGCUGCUGCCGCGGCAGCAGUGGCAGGCGCAACGGCAGCAGGGCAGGAGGACAAACGCGCAGGCUCGCAGCAGACGACUGAGGAGGCUGAGAAGAACGAGGAAGAGGAAGAGGAGCAGGAGGAGGUGGAGGUGGAGGUGGAGGUGGGGGGCGUGCCGGACAUAGUGUGGGAGGGCGACGACAUCAUCGUGCGCAAGAGGCGCGUCAAGAUGCGCCGCCGCAAGGGCCACUGCCUGCCAGGGGAGGUGCCCGGCACUGCUGUGCGCGUGUGCGUGGCAGCAGCAGUGCCAGCAGUGCCAGCAGGGGCAGCAGGGGCAGCGGGUGCAGACGGUAGCAGUGGCGCAGAGGGGGGUUCGAGUGUGACGCGCGCAGCAGGGGAUGCUGGCACGGUAUGGCCACUCCACUCGCUUGCUAGUGGAUGCUUGCUUGGGUUGACAUGCAGAGAGGGAGAGGGAGGGUGCUGGGAGAGUAUGGCACAAGGCACUUGUUUGGUCAUGGUUUGGUCUGGUUCUGGUUUGGGCGAGUAUCGAGAUGAUAGGGGUGUGAUGUGA